UGUGUAGGUACCCAUGUGUGUAUCGCCAUGCAGCAGGAAUCCGCGGCAGAGCGCUUUCGCCGCAAAGUCCGACGUAAACUGUACCAAAUAGCGUCUUGCAAAGAGUUUGUACUCCACGAUUCACUGGAAGAUAACCACUGGAUGCAACAGAAGUUGACCAGACUUUUAACAAGAUUGGAAUCUGCAGUGAAUAAUCAAGAAAAUACCAUUAUACUAGUUACUGGCAGACCCGGAUCUGGUAAAACAUAUCUAGUCACUAAAGUGGUAUCCGAACUAUCCAAGUUACAUCCAGGAAAUGAUGCCAUAUCACAGGAAACAGUAUACAAUGAUGCAAAUGUAACAUGGACUCUAAAGUCAGCUACCAUAGAAACUUAUAACCACAGAGAUGAACAUAAAUGCCUGCGCCAACUAAUGUACGAUGUGGAGAUAUUGUCCGGGGUAACAGGGUCCCGAGGCCAUUUGAAUACCCAAGAGAUACAAGAACGUGUGUUACACUGUCUAAAACUGUUGAAACAGGACCAUACAUAUGUAAUAAUAGUGAUUGAGGGUCUAGACAUCCUGACUAAAGGCGUUAAUGACUGCAGUGAGGCCACAGGAUCAGUGGAACGCAGACAGAGUCUUUUAUACUUCCUGGGUAACCUAGUAGCGUCACAAGAAGUGGCAUUGGCAAUAGUGUGCAUCACACCAGAUAUACGCACGACCGAGCGUCUAGAGAAGCGUGUGAGAUCACGAUUCAUGCAGGAAACAGUAUACUGUGACGGAUUGGAUGACAUCAAUGCUUUGAAAACAGGACACCUGGAUAUUAUGGGACCGGGAGUCGAUAUUGAACUAAACGAAGAGUCAAAGGCACUUUUGGGUGAGGAGGUACUCUGCGGUAACAAUAUCUCCCGCCUGGUGGCGGUGGCCUGUGCGCAACUACCUGACGAUGCCAUAGAGGAGCUAAGCCCAGAUAAAAUCAAGAUAUUGCCACUUCCAUUCGAAAUCGCACUUCGUAAUGCCAAGGGUGCCAAUUGGGUAGAUAACAUGAUUAACCAGCUGGCAUUCCCGGAACAUUGCAUACUGGUAGCAAUGACGAGGAUGCACUGCCAAGGCAUAAAACCAAUAACUUUAAUAGAUAUAGAAUCAGAUCUCAAGGAUAUGGCACGAUACUUCCCACGAGAGCACCUUUCAAUACCUGAGUUCAAGGGCCUGAAGCGAGUUUUCAUGAGUCUCAUAAAGUCAGGGCUACUGGAAUGGGUUAACUUCGAACAUAACUGGGUUGGAACGUCAUACCACAAGGGGACGUCAACCGAUAUACACGGUAUUACCAAGCCCUGCAGAUUCCCGCACUACAGAUUGUACCUUAAGAUGGACCACAAGAACCAGAUGCCUACACAUCUCGCUGCAUGGUUGCAACUGGCAACGCGCACAUUGAAGUGAGGCAACCUGCCAUGACACUGAUGGGCAUCAGUUAUACAUUAUAUCCGUAGCACAUACCUACACGUAUCA